CUGACAACGCCUCCGCUACGAGAGGCGACGCGUGAACUCACGCGAGCGGCGCACGCGAGCUCGGGCGACGAGCCUCAGCACGCGCGGCAUCUAGGGGUCGACCCGCACCACCGGCAGAUAAAGCAAAUUGCAUAGUAAUGAGUCGGUGAUGCGGGACGUGUUGGGAGGGCCGGCGGUGAUUAGGAAUGUAUGCGCGUGUGAUGGCGGUGUCGGGGUGGUGGGGGGUUGGCUGCUCUGCCUCUCAUCAUUGGUCACGGCAAGGGCUGGGGUGGAGGGGGUCGAGGCUGGGGGUGGCAGGGGAGGGGAGGACGGCUGCGCACGCGUCCCCAAUACAACCCGCGGAGCCGCGCGCGCCGCCUCACUCACUUUUGUUCCGCGCUCAGAGUGGGACGCACAGAGCGAGUGAGAGGGGGGAGGGAGACGCGAGCAGCGACCCCACAGCCUCAUCCUCCUGCAGCGCACGGCCACGUCGCCGCACACGAGCGUCGCACUUGAGCGCGCACGGCCACUGAGCCCAGCACGAUCCGUGCACUUCCACGCUUACGCGGCCACAGCGCCACUCCGCAUCGAGGGGCCACACAAUCGAUGGGCGUUCCCUUUUAGCGCGACAGAAGCCCCCGUGUGCCGCGCGUAUUUACCCGCUCGCUAUUCUCAGGUGGGGUGGGGGAUUAAUCGAGUCACGAUGUCGCCGCUCCUCUCGCUGCUGCUGCUGCUGCCGCCGUUGCUACUGCGGCCGGUGCCAAGCGCCGCGCAGCGCGGGGCGCUCCGGUUCAGCGUGCGCGAGGAGGAGCCCCCGGGCACGGUCAUCGCGCGCCUCGCCGACCUCUUCCUCGAGCAGCAACGCGACGGGGAUGACCGCGACGGCGACGAGGAGGGCAGCGACGCGGGGGCAGCGGCAACGGCGGUCGCCCCGUCGCGCUUUGUGGUGAUGGACGCGCGCGGCGCGGACCUCCCGCUCGGCGUGCACGGACGUGACGGCACGCUGAGCGUGGCCCGCGCGCUCGACCGCGAGGCGCUGUGCCCGCGCGCCGACCCGGGCCCCGUCGCCGCCGCUUCCGCCGCCGCCUGCGUCAUCUCCAUGGACGUGGCGGCCGAGUUCGAGGAGCCACGCGCCGCGUUCCGCCUCGUGCGCGUGCACGUGGAGGUGCUCGACGUGAACGACCACGCGCCGGAGUUCCCGCGCGCCGUCAUCCCCGUGGAGGUGAGCGAGAGCGCCCCCGUGGGCACGCGCUUCCCGCUUGACGCGGCGCGCGACCCGGACGUGGGGGAGAACGCGCGCAUCGAGUACUCCCUCGCGCCCUCGCAGCACUUCAGGCUGGAGGUGGGGGCCGCGGGGCCCGGCCAAGGGGCCCUGGCCGAGCUGGUGGUGACGCGCGCGCUGGACCGAGAGGAGCGCGCCCUGCACGAGCUGCGGCUGACGGCGCGCGACGCGGGCGCGACCCCGCGCGCGGGCGCGGCGCUCGUCCGCGUCAGCGUCCUGGACACCAACGACAACAGCCCCGCGUGGGCGCGCGCCGCCUGGGAGGCCGAGGUGCGCGAGGACGCGGCCGCGGGCUCCACCGUGGCGCGCCUCUCUGCCUCCGACCCGGACGAGGGCCCCAGCGGCGAGGUGGUCUACUCGCUGAGCGCGCACGCGGGUCCCGACGCGCGCCGCCUGUUCCGCGUGGACGCCUCCACGGGGCUGGUGACCCUGGUCCGCGCGCUGGACCGCGAGCAGCGGGCCUCGCACGCCGUGCACGUGCAGGCCAGCGACCUGGGCCCGCACGCCGUGCCCUCGCACAGCCUCCUCACCGUGCGCGUCAUCGACGUGAACGACAACGAGCCCGCGCUGCGCGUGCGCGUGUUCGCCGAGCGCGUGUCCGAGGCGGCGCCGCGCGGCACCCUCGUGGCGCACGUGACGGCGUGGGACGCGGACGCGGGGGACGACGGCCGGGUGAGCGUGGAGCUGCUGGAGGAAGAAGGCGGCGGCGGUGCCGCCGCGCGCGGAUUCCUGGCGCUCGUGGCGCGGGACGCGGACGGAGCCGCGGCCUCGGCAUCGGCGGCGGCGGCGGGGGGAGGCGGCGGCGGGGGCGGCGCCGCCUUCGUGCUGCUCACGGACCGCGCGCUGGACCGCGAGCGCACGGAAGAGAUCAACGUGACGCUGGUGGCACGCGACCACGGCUCCCCGCCGCGAUCGUCCUCGCGCUCCUUCACGCUGCGCAUCGCCGACGAGAACGACAACGCGCCCGCGUUCCCGCGCGCCGUGCACGACGCCUCGGUGCCCGAGAAUGCGCGGCCAGGCACCCUCGUGGCGAGCGUGACGGCGAGGGACGCGGACGCGGCGCACAACGCGCGCGUCUCCUACGCGCUGCUGAGCGCGCACGGUGACGAGCACGAAGACGACGUGACGGAGCUGCUGCGCGUGGAUCCCGCCACGGGCGCCGUGCACACGCUGCGCCCGCUGGACCGCGAGGAGCACGCGCUGCUCACGUUCCGCGUUCGCGCCCAGGACUCGGGGACGCCGCCCCUCGCCAGCGACGUCACCGUGCACGUGCGCGUGCUCGACGCGAACGACAACGCGCCCGCCAUCGACGUCAGCGCGACGCGCUCGCUCGCGGUGCCCGUGGGCGCGCCCGCCGGGCACCUGGUGGGCACGGUGCGCGCGCGCGACCCCGACGAGGGCCUCAACGGCGCCGUGGAGCUGUCCGUGGCGGGCGAGCGUCCGCUCGCCAUCUUCGAGCUGAGCCCCGGCACGGGGCAGCUGCGCUCCCGCGUCACGGUGCCGCGCUCCGCGCUGGGCGUGCACGCGCUCGUGGUGGUGGCGAGCGACUCGGGGGAGCCGCGCCUCUCCACCACCGCCACCGUCUCCGUCACCGUGAUGCUGCAGGAGGAGAUGGAGCGACGCAGCGGCGGGGCGGCUGGAGUGGCGCACGGAGUCGCGUACAGCGCCGCGCUGGGCUCGCUCGGCACGGCGUGCGCGCUGCUCGUCCUCGCUCUGGCGGUGGCGGCCGCGAGGCGCGGGGUGAAGAGCGCGUUCAGGCGCGACGAGGAGCGCGGGGGCGAAGAGCAGGAGGAGGAGGAGGGGGGGGAGGGGGCGUCCGACUCGAGCUCCCGCGCGCUGCACGCGGAGCGCGGCGCGGGGCGCGGCUCCCUGGGCAGCCUCGGUCUCAGCAGCAGCUGCAGCAGCAGCAGCAGUGCGGACGCGGCUCCUCUCGAGCCCACGACUCAUCCCGAGUACUUGAGCGUUGGCGACGCGGCCCCGAGGCCCCUGGAGGUGUCGCAGCUGCUCGCCCUGCUGCACCAGGGCGAGUACCACCCGCGGCCCAGCUUCAAGGGGAACGCGCGGACGCGCAGUUUCAGGAGUUUGCCCACGGAGCCCGACCAGCUGAGCUCGCGGGACAGCGCGCGCGGGGACAGCGACACGGGCGGCAGCGGCUCCGAGGGUCGCGCCUCGCCCUGCGCACUCGGAGGAACGUGCACGGCCGAGUGCAGGGUGCUGGGCCACUCGGACUCGUGCUGGCUGCCUGCCGCGGCUGCGCCCGCGCUCUCCCCGCGCGGGGGAUCUCCUCCGCGCGUCGACGCCGCGCCGCCGCCGACGGCUCUCAACAACCUGCGGGGCGCCCCCCCGCCGCACGCGGCCUGCAGCACCCUGCCACCCCACUCCGAGCGGUGGCUCGCGGGGCCCCGGGGCCCAGGGGGCGUCGACGCGCCGCCGAGGAAGUUCUUUCCCCGCGGGCCCGGCGAGACGGCGAGCGCGCCGCACGCGCCGUGAGAGACGCGGGCGCCGUGCCGCCCGACGCUGUCGCGACGUUUGCGGCCUCGGCCGAGGCGAGCGGAGAGACCGAGAGACGACGGCGGCGCCGUCCUUCGUGAGAGUCGAGGGUCGCCCCCGGUGAUGCCGAAGCGAGCGGCCCGGGCUACGGCGCGAGGCGCUUUGUCUUGAGCAGAGAUCCUCGUUCUUUCCCGUUGCGCGGCACACUUCAGAACUUUACAACUUACUCGAAUUUCGCGGCUCAUCGGAUCGCAAAUUCACUCUUUUGCCCAAAUGCGCACGCGCGACCGAGGGAGUUGAGAGGGGC